AUGAAGACGCUCUCUGGAACGAGUCCGUCUCCUGCUGCCGGUGUGAACCUGAAGACCCACACUUUUGUGAAGGAUCUUGAGCAGUACCGGCGAUGGACCAUCGAGACUCGCAUCAUUCCUGACGGUGCCACCAAAGAAGUUGGCUUGGUGCAAGAGGUCACCGAGCGCGAGGCCCAGCGCUCCAUUCCCGAUUGA